GGCGCAGGGCAAGAUGGGAAUCACGGGCUUAGAUUGGCGAAGGCUGAAGGUUGGGGGUAGUCCCGGAAAUUGUGGUGAGGCUGGAGGGGAGACCCACGUGGAGGGUCCGGGGUACCCAGUGCAGUCCUGGAGCUGAUCCCAGGCUCGGACCUUCCGAGGCCUGGCGGCCCCUGCUGCAGAAGGUGACAUGGAAGAUGCUUUCAGCAGCCCAGCCGGGGCUGCGCUGCAAAAGGAGGCUGGGGCCCCAGGGCCACUGACGCCCCUCACGGAGCUGGGCCGUACUUAUGAGCUGGAGCGGGUUCAGGCCUUCGUGCUAGAGCACGAAGCCAGGCGGGUGGCCCUGCAGUUCCCCGAUGAACUCCUUGGAGACAGUGUGGCUGUAGCUCGGGCCUUGGAGGAGAUGACAGGAGCCAAGAUGUUUGUUCUGGGGGAUACAGCCUAUGGCAGCUGCUGUGUGGAUGUCCUGGGGGCCGAGCAGGCUGAAGCCGAUGCCUUGGUCCACUUUGGCCCUGCCUGCUUGAGCCGGCUUUCCUGCCCCCUGCCUGUCAUCUACAUCCUUGGCCAGCGUCCCGUGGCCGUGGAGCUUUGUGCAGAGGCCUUCAGAGCCCUGCACCCCAACUCUGCAGAGCCUGUGGUGUUGCUUAGUGAGCCAGCCUGUGCCCACGCCCUGGAAGCCUUGGCUGCUCUUCUUCGCCCACACUAUGAGGACAUCCUGGUCUCCCACCCAGCUUUGCCUGCUGCUGCCCCAAGCUGGGAGCACCCACCGUUGGAGCGCUUUGGCCGCUUUUUCCCACUGGGCCCUGGGCGGCAGCUGGAGGACUAUGGUGCUUUUUAUGUGGGGGGCUCUGAGAAUGGGGACAGCAGUGAAGCUGAGGUGAGCCCAGACCUGCUCCAGCUGCUCCUGGGCUGGGCCCCCAGCCGCCCCUUCUCAUCCUGCCUGCCAGGCUCUGGGCAGGCCCGAGCAGAGGGCCCCCAGGCAGUCCGAGCCAGAGCCCAGAGCCUCUAUCUGGUGGAACGGGCACGGGAUGCCCGAGUGGUGGGACUGCUGGCAGGUGCUCCAGGGGGAGCAGGGCACUGUGAGGCUCUGGCCCACCUUCGGAAACUGGUGCAGGCUGCUGGCAAGCGGGCCUAUGUCCUGUCGCUGGGCUGGCCCAGCCCUGCCAAGCUGGCCAACUUCCCAGAGGUAGAUGUCUUCGUUCUGCUGGCCUGUCCCUUGAGGGCACUUGACCGACCCCAGAGUGGUGCCAGUAGAGGUCUCUUCCGGCCGAUGCUUACUCCCUAUGAGCUGGAAGCCGCCUGCAAUCCAGCUCGGGGGCCCCUGGGGCUGGGCCCCUAUUUGACUCAUUAUUCUGACCUGCUUCCAGGAUCCCCCUUCCACGUGCCAAUCCCGCCCCCAGACUCUGAGCUAUGGGGUGCACCUGAUGUGUCACUCAUCACUGGAGAGCUGCGCCCACCACAGGCCUUGGCCUCACCAGAUGUCCCCGAUGUCCUAGGGGCCUCAGCCCUGAGCCAGCGAUCCCGGCUUGAGCUUGCUGAGAGCAGUCCAGCAGCUUUGUUCCUUGGUUCCCGUACUUGGCAGGGGUUGGAACCUCAGCUAGGCCAGACGGCACCAAUGCAGGCAGUAACUGGGAGACGAGGUGUGCCCAUUGCCUAUGAGGAUGAGCCUAGCAGCUGAGGAACCCUCAGUGGCUGAUGAGACUCCAAGAGAAGACCUUGGCACUCCUUGAAAGAGCAGAUCCCAGGUGCCAGCAGCCAUUCUAGCUAGAGUAAGCGGUCUUGGGCUGGGCUAUCCUCCCUGGCAGACUUCAAGUGUCUCUGCCCCCCUGAGCCAUGACCGAUGGCUGAAUACAAGGUGGGGUGGGGGGAACAAGAAUUUAUACAGCUCCUACUGUGUGUGAGGCAAUGGGCUGAACGCCUUUACAAAUAGCUCAUGUGAUCCUUCCAGUAACCCUGGGAGGUAGGUGCUGUUAUCCCAGUUUUACAAAUGAGUAAACUGAGGCAUUGGAGGUGAAGUGGCUUGCCCAGGGUCACACAGCUGAUCAGUGUCUGAGGCAGGAUUUGAACUCAGGUCUCCCUGACUCCAGGCCCAGCAUUCUAUCCACUGUGCUCACUUAGCUAACAGGUGGUCCAAGAUCAAGGUGACCCCAAAAACUCAACACUGUCCCUUUGGCUGCUGCUGUUUCUGUGUGUUCAUCCUCUUGGUGUCCCAGGGGCUCUGUCAGCAGACAAAUGGCAUUGAUUAGGCACCUACUGUAUGACUGUGUCAGGCCCUGUACCGAAUGUGUAAGCAUGGCAACACUGGAGUCCUUCACCUCCGGCCUGAGGUGGGCUCGCUGUCUGGUGGGGGAGACAGACAACAUGGACCAGAGGCUCUGAGCUGUGGGGGAUUUGGGGGCUUCCAGGCCACCCUGCACCUAACACCAGGUGUGGAAGAGGGACGUUCCCGCCCCAGUCCCGGAUGCUGCCCAGGCCUUUGAAGGAACCUCUCCUGGUGAGGGUGAUUCUCAUGCAAAGACAAAAUCAGCCUCUUGUGUGGAGGUGGUGGAAGGAAGUUCCAGUUGAAUGUAUUGCGUUUUUUUUUUUUAAUGUAUUGGGUAUUUAAAAAGAAAAGCAACUUUGCCAACUAGGCAACAGCCACAUUCUCAGGUGUGAUCUUUUCCCUGUUUUACCAUGUUUGUAGAAAUGCCCAUUUUAUUCAUUAGGUUCAGAAUAAAAAAAUGUUCU